AUGGUAGGCUCAGGCAUGGACGACCGACCUUCAUUGGACCGGUUGAAGGCCCUGGACUCCCUACCGAACCUGGAAUCACAAUUCGCAGAGGCCAAGUCGAUAUGCAGCCACAAUGCUCGCGCCGAAAUGAUUUUGAGAUGGUUGAUGGGGAAAUUCAAGUCAUCAACCGAAACUUGCAGAGAAACCAAAGCAUGGGAUGUUCUGGCAUCAACUAUACGGCUCACAUCGCCGCAGAAAAUCGCACUUUUCCUCUACCAAUUGCCAGGAGUUUUGCAGGAUACGUUUUCUGCGCAGGAGCUUUCCCAGGCGUUGCUGUAUUCGGUCACGGAACUACUCAACCUGCUGUUGGAGCUUGGACGAGGUCCAGAUGGUGCAGCUAUCAAGGCUCUACUUAGUAUGGAAAGUUCUGCUGCGGCCUUGCUGUGUGGAAAUUGGCUCCGACAUGUCCAUACUCACAGUCAUGGAAUCAGAGAGACACAACAUCUGAUUGCCAGAUCACUGCUGGAUCCGGCCUUGCAGAUCUGGGAGCUUCGCAAACGUCAAGACUCUGACGAUAUGAACUUCAAUACUCAUUGUCUGGUUUCUGUUCUCCCCUUACUUGAAGUCCUCGAGGGUGGAGACGAGACUGGAUCGAAGCGCAGGCGUGGCGAAUCUCUACCAGGAUCUGCUCGAUCGUGUGAACGUGCUCUGGAAUCCUUGGUGGCCAAGCACACAAUCCUGCCGGCAAGAUCAGCAUUCUUCAGAAAGACCGAUCCGCAGGCCCGCCGUCUUCAACAUGGAUUGAAUCAGGCCACGAUCGGAGAGGCGUUAGCGUCACUGAAAAACUCAUUGCAAGAUGAAGCAAACCAAGACCUGCUUAGUUCCGUACCAAAGGUGCUCGAUAUUGCACUGCGAUCCUCCUCCACACCCACUCCACGACAUCGCACAAAGGAACGGCCUUGGAUUGAAUCAGUCCUUAGCGCGGUUCGAGAUGCUUUCCAUGGACGGACCGAAGAGGAGCAGAGCUUAGCGCUCACUGAACUUCUUCGAGCCGUCCGGGUCAACAAAGCGACGUUAUCUGCUGAGACUCUUGCGCGCAUAGUCAGAGACAACAUCGCCAGUGCGACUUCCUCCAAGACCGCAGUUAAUUGGAAGCUGGUCGAAGGUGUGGUUGAGCUGGAUGCCAAUGUACUUUUGAAUCCAAAAUCUACCAACGAAGUAUUCGACGAAAUCACAAAGGAAGCAGCCUUCGACGGUUCAGAAGACGGGACAUAUCGCAGUUUCAUGGAGUCCAGAUGGAGAGAUGGAGUUAUUCUACCUACUAUGAGAGCUCAUGCGCAGAGCCGUACCCUGAGUGUCUUCACGGAUUGUUGGUUCAAGCAGCUGCAAGCAAUGCAGAGCAUACGCGGCUGGUCUGUAUGGGACAGCGUUGGCGACGCGCUCGCAGAAACGCUUGAAAACUCACUUUCGGGUGACACGAUUCUUGAGCUGCUCGACCGCUAUUCAACAAUUAUCCAGCAGACCACGGACUCCCAAGCGAAUCUCAAGGAGUCGGAAAAGUCUACUCAGCUUCGUGCUGCACUGUGUGUCUUGGGUUCAUUACUCAGGGGCAUUCGGUCUGAUGCUUUGAUUUCGAGCAUUCAGCUGCGACUGGACAUUCUAUUGGGCACCGUUCUCGGUAUUGCGGAAUUGAAGGGCUUCAAGACGACGAUUGCAAGCGACUGUCACUACUGGCGAUCUCUGACGCGAGUCUUCGAACUGUGGUAUCCUCACUGGGCCUCCAAACAAGCUGAUCGACAGAGCGUUACUAGCAUGGGAGCUUCUCUUCUAUCGAACAAGGCUUUCAAAUCAGCACUCUCUCAGUUUGACAUGGAAGAUUCUGAAUUGACGCUCGGCGACCAGGCCAGGUUGAGACACAGCGCUCAGACAUAUGUCGCUACAUUGUGUCAAUGCUUUGGGCAGUAUGGCGGCGAAGCUGGAUGUGCAGGUCUCUGCACCAAGGCCAUCGAGCGUGUUGCCGAGCAGAAGGCAAGCGCAGCGGAUGCCUUGGUCCGAUUCCCUAGCCUCCUUGCAACAGUGCAAAGCGACCUGCGAAAAGGCGUUAUGGAAGCUUUGUUCCAAGCUGCCGCUGUACGGGCCUCUAUCGACAAUGACUCUGCGACUCAACUGCAGGCUGUCUUGCACUCAUUUCAAGGACUCAACAAAACUGCUAUUCUCGAAGAAUUCGCUACAGUCGCAAUUCAAGAACUGAAGACAGCUUCAAAGUCAACUUCAGCAAGAUAUGAGGCAGUCUUCACUUCCACGAUGGCGAACAUCGACGCAGCCUCGUUGGACCAGACUCAGCGCACGAACAUCCUGGAUACCGUUCUAGGACUUCCGCCGCCGAAACAAGACCAGGCGGGAAUUUUGCAACUACGGGAUCGCCUGGCUCUUGUGCUCAAACUUGCCUCUUUGCCAUGUCAAGAUUCGCGACUGCUGACGGAUGCAACUGCUCUUUGGGACAUUGUUGGUAUGCUUGAACACGGCAUCACCCCGGACGCACAGGACGAGUCACGACUGGACUUGCUCGACAGUAUCCGUCUGCUUGAGGAGAUCAGCAAAAGAGCUCUACGUUCUUGGCUGGGAACACAGGACCGCGAGAAGAGUCGUGAGCUGCUCUUGCAGAUGUCGAAACGCAUCAAGGACCGAGUGAAGACUGAGAAGAAGGCUGGCAAGCUCUCCGCUGGAAGAGCUGGAUUGGCCUUGGUGAAGGUCGCAAUUGCGAUGAUUGAAAACGGCGCCCGCGAAGCUACCAAGGAAACAUUGGUCCAUCGUGAGGCAAAGAUCGCGCGGGCCUAUGUUGAUAUGCUUGCGGCAGAUGUGGAAGCUUUUAGCAGCAGUGCGCGCAACGACUUGGCUGAUCUCUCCGACCUUGACAUUAGCAAUUGCGCUUCGGUGCUGGCGGCUCUGCUCGAAUUGCCCGAUACCUUCCUAAUCGCUGCCGGUAUGGAGCCGCCGGAGCAUGCUAAGCGAGUCAGCAUAGCUCUGAACCACGUCCGGCCACUGUCCAUGGAAAGCAUACACCGGAGUCGAUUGGCGGUGACUGUCUUCCGUCUCGAGGCCAAAUACAUGCUGAACAAAGAACUCCUCUCGGCAACUGCGAUCGGCAUCAUUGAAAGUGAGCAGCCCAGUGCAAAGGAGCAAGCAGAUGUACUUGCGACGUAUGAGCAAAGCUUCGCGAAGUUUGAUGUGGAUUUGAAACUCCAAGUCGCAUUCGAUGUCUUGACCAUGCCUCCUUGCCUAAAAUCAUUUGGCUUCCUCUUACUGGCUCGCGCUGCCAUCAGAGGCCUGACUAAAGAAGAUUUCGACAACUCGAGCAGACUUCCUACGACGUUGCUUCACCGCAAUCUGCAGGCAGCGAGCCAGGAUAAAGGCUUCUUUCUGGCCGACAUUAAACCCGGCGACGAACUGCUUGUGCGACGUGCAGCGCUCCAGAAUUUGGCCAUCAUCUUCAAAGAAAAGCCAUUCAUGGUCAACCAAUACGGCAUCGAGCAGACGCUUCACACCUUGCAAUCGCUCCUCACGACAUGCCAAUUUGCUGGCGCCCUUUACCUCGACAUGACCCAAGUCCUCAACGCCCUGUUCUUACACCACCGCUCCCGUCUCCGAGGCCGUUUCCACCUCGUCAUUUCCCUCCUGCAAUCCCUUCUCACUCAUCUCUUCCGAGCCACCACACUGUCAUCUCCGACUCCAGUCGAACUCUCCAUCCGACAAGCGCGUGCUCUCGCCCGCCUGCUCGAGUCCUUCAGCAACCCGCCACCCCUCCGCCACCACCGCGGCAAAGCCUCCGACCUAGUCGACGAAUCGAGGAAGGCGCAAGCCCAUGCAGGGCAAUUCACGCAGUACUUGCUACACCACUAUUGCGCGCAGGUCCUGACGGGAAGCUUGGGCGAAGGCGCGAGAGAAGCGCUGCUACCAGGACUGUGGGCGGUCAUUGAGGCUAUGGAGGUUUAUAGUUCGGAUGCGAUCAAGAGUCUAAGUGCGGCGGUAAAUAAUAGCGAGAGGGCGGUUCUGAGGUCGGUGUACGACGAUUGGAAAAGGUUCGGGAAGUGGGAGGGUCUGUGAUUGUUGUGAGAUGUUGCACGCCAAUGAGCAAGACUGGUUCAUCUCUACUUCACAGUCAAGCUAGGCACUUAGUUUUCUGACUGAAAGAUGAGAAGCUCCAUUGACGGAAAGAUACUCAAACUCAUCAGUCCUAAUCCCAGACCGGCCACAACUGCUGGAGAAGAUUGACAAAA